AUGCUGCUAUCAUCUUCUAGGCUCCCGGCUUCUAGUACUGCUAAUUUACGCUUGCAGGGUUUACUCGUUUUACAAGGUGUGAACUCCAUCCGGUGUCUGUCAGUAAACUCGGCCAUUACAACCGGGAUCAGAAAAGGCCGUGGAUUUGGAACCCCUAAGAAAGAAAAUGCGCCGUGGAUCCGACGUGGACGAAUUUCAUCUCCGCCUCGAAAUGCAGAAAAUGUGAGCCAGAGAUACACGGUAAAUAAGCACGAUGCCAACAGCUAUGGCCCACGAGCAGGCGGAAUAUCAAACUGGAGGCGGGACGAAAGGUCUGAUGCUUCAAAUCCGGAUGGUAAGAUGCCUGCUCGCAUGAACGGUCCCUCUGGAGACGAAUAUCCACUACAGUUCCAACGUCAGCACCAAGAAUUACCGGGCAGCAAAGCGCAUAGCAGAACUCUUACAUCGGACUCCUCGCGACGAUACCCGGAAUCGUCUAUUCGGUCCAGCGAAACGACACACUGGCGGAGGGAAAGAAGGAAACCACCGACAUAUAUAGAUAACGUGGGAGUGAGGAAGCUCGAAGCUAGUAGCGUGCUGAGCGCCAGACAGCAGAUGGGAGGAUAUGCAAAAUCAGAGGAUGAAGUAAUGGAUAUUCACCACCCUUUGUCCAGUAAAGUCUAUGUUGUGCCGCCUCAACAGAUACCAUAUUCUUCUCCCGUCUCGGAGUUCAUAUAUGGAACAUCCGCAGUCAAUGCUGCGGUAAGAUGUGGCCGCCGAAAACUACAUACCUUAUACCUGUUUGAAGAAUCAUCCCGGGAUCGCUCUGGGGUGCCAAAGUGGGAACAGCCCGAAAUACGCGCUAUUGCCAAAUAUGCAAGCUUAGCGGGUGCGCAGGUUAAACAUGUUACCGGCCCCUGGAAAACUACGCUGGACAAGAUGACUGGAAAGCGGCCUCAUAAUGGCAUGGUCUUGGAGGCAUCCCCACUUCCGAAGCCUCCAGUUCUAAGCUUCCAAACGGUCGUUUCCAAAUCCAACUCACAUUUCCUAGCUCAAUUGGCGGCUCAACCAGAAGAACAAGCUGCUGUGAAUGGCACAGAUGGCCACAUCCAAUUCGAUGCUCGAAGGAAAGACAGCAAAGCAUCCCGGUUCCCCUUCACUCUACUACUCGAUGGGAUACUUGACCCAGGAAACCUUGGAGCCAUCUUCCGAAGUGCCUACUGGUUUGGUGCAGAUGCAAUUGCUUUUUCGUCGCAGAACUCAGCACCUAUAUCUCCUGUCGUUAUGAAAGCUGCUGCUGGUGCAACCGAAGCCAUUCCUAUUCUCUCAGUUCGUGAUGUUAGCACUUUUAUGACAGCAUCUCAAGCGAAUGGCUGGAAAUUUUUCGCAGCAGACGCGCCUGAUGCAACGCUGGUUAAUGACUAUACCCGAAAAAUCCCCGUCGUGAAUAGCUUAAGUUCUCUAUCUUCUGAGCUCACAAAGGCACCAUGUGUGUUGAUGUUAGGGGGUGAGGGCUCAGGCCUGCAGCAGAAGAUAAAGAAUAGGGCAGAUUCAUUUGUUACUAUCCCCGGAGCUUAUUCAGAUAACAUUCGCGAUGAUACUGCUGGUGUUUCUAGCUUGAAUGUCAGCGUAGCCUCUGCAUUAUUAUGCGAGGCUUUUCUCUCUCGCAGACCACCUUUCAGUGGUGGUGAGACACAAGAUUCAACCGAUACCCCUACCGCAAACACGAACCGUGUCUUCUAA